AUGAGGCUUCAAGAAAAAUAUGGAGAUGUGUUCACAGUGCACUUAGGACUGAGGCCAGUGGUCGUGUUAUGUGGGACACAGACCAUAAGAGAGGCUCUGGUGGACCAUGCUGAGGCUUUCUCUGGCCGGGGGACAAUUGCUGGGCUUGAGCCAGUUUUCCAGGACUAUGGUAUAUUCUUUUCCAGUGGAGAACAGUGGAAGACCCUUCGACGAUUCUCUAUGGCCACCAUGAGAGACUUUGGGAUGAGAAAGAAGAGUGUGGAGGAGAGAAUAAAGGAAGAAUCCCAAUGUUUGGUGGAGGAACUGAAGAAAUACCAGGGAGCCCCCCUGGAUCCCACCUUCCUUUUCCAGUGCAUCACAUCCAACAUCAUCUGCUCCAUUGUCUUUGGAGAGUGCUUUGACUACACAGAUCACCAAUUCCUGCACCUGCUGGAUCUGAUGUAUCAGACGUUUUCACUCUUAAGCUCAAUCUUCAGUCAGGUAUUUGAACUCUUCCCUGGUGUCCUGAAGUACUUUCCUGGUGCCCACAGACAAAUCUCCAGAAACCUCCAUGAAAUCCUGGACUUCAUUGGCCAGAGUGUGGAGAAGCACAGGGCCACUUUGGACCCAAAUGCUCCACGAGACUUUAUAUAUACUUACCUUCUGCACAUGGAGAAAAAGUCAAACCAUUAUACAGAGUUCCAUCACUGGAACCUACUGUCGUCUGUACUCUCUCUCUUCUUUGCUGGCACUGAGACUAGCAGCACCACACUCCGCUAUGGCUUCCUGAUCAUGCUCAAGUACCCUCAUAUCACAGAGAAAGUCCAAAAAGAGAUUGAUUGUGUGAUUGGCUCACACCGGCUACCUACCCUGGAUGACCGCAGCAAAAUGCCAUACACCGAGGCAGUUAUCCAUGAGAUUCAGAGAUUUUCAGAUCUUGCCCCUAUUGGAACACCACACAGAGUCAUCAAAGACACCAUUUUCCGAGGGUACCUGCUCCCUAAGAACACUGAGGUGUUCCCCAUCCUGAGUUCAGUUCUCCAUGAUCCACAGUACUUUGAACAACCAGACAUCUUCAAUCUUCAGCACUUUCUGGAUGCCAAUGGGGCACUGAAGAUAAUUGAAGCUUUUCUGCCCUUCUCCACAGGAAAGCGAAUUUGUCUUGGUGAAAGCAUUGCCCGCAAUGAAUUGUUCCUUUUCUUCACUACCAUCCUCCAGAACUUCUCCGUGUCCAGCCCUGUGGCUCCUAAAGACAUUGAUCUCACUCCCAAAGAGAGUGGUAUUGGAAGAAUACCCCAAGUGUACCAGAUCUGCUUCUUGGCCCACUGA